AUGGGCGCGCAGAGGCAUGGGCGCGCAGAGGCAUGGGCGCGCAGAGGCAUGGGCGCGCAGAGGCAUGGGCUCGCAGAGGCAUGGGCGCGCAGAGGCAUGGGCGCUCAGAAGUACCCUGGUCCCAUUUCCUCCUCCUAUUCCCCCCACUCAUCCCACCUCUUAUACCCCCCCAACCAUGCCUCUCUCCCAAUCCCCCUUCCCAUUUCUCAUCAGUUCCCCCCUCUCCGAUUCCGCCCUCCAUCGCCCCCACAUUGUUCAUCCCUUUCCCCUCCCUCGUAUUCCCCUCUCUCGUCCACCUUUCCGUUCCACUCUCCCAUUCCCCCUAACCACCCCCCCCCCUCUCCAAUUCCCCCUACAUGUUCCCCUCCCAUUCCCCCGUCAUUCCCCCUUCCCACCGUCAACACUUCCAACCUGCAGCCAUGUGCGGGCCUAUUAACAAACCACGAGGUGUUUGAGCUGCUCACAGACCGAGGCGCCAUGGGAGCAGUGGACGUGUCACAGGGCGGCAUGGGGCCGGCAGCCAUAGAGUGCCAGGUCUACACCUAUCUCUGCGCCGCCCCUGCCGCCACACAGACGCGGGCGGCCGUGGCUGCGUGCACGGAGCGGGCGGCAACAUUUGGACUGACGCGGAUGGAAACGCUGCAGCUGGUGAAUCUGAGGCCGUCCCAGCCUGUAGAAGCACACCUGAUCAUAGCAGACUGUGAAAUGCGUCUGCCAGGCGAGAGGGUGGAGCAGCUGCUGCAAGUGGUGGAAGAGACACUGCCCGCUGCACCAGAGCUGGAAGGAGGUGCAGAGGAGGAGGAGGGGGUUGUGUCUACCAGGCAAGAGGGUGGAGCAGCUGCUGCAAGUGGUGGAAGAGACACUGCCCGCUGCACCAGAGCUGGAAGGAGGUGCAGAGGAGGAGGAGGGGGGUUGAAGGCACCACGGUUGGUGGGAAGGGAACCGUUGCCAGCAGCUGUUGCAGCUGAUGGUAAGUCGUGUCUACCAGGCAAGAGGGUGGAGCAGCUGCUGCAAGUGGUGGAAGAGACACUGCCCGCUGCACUGGAGCUGGAAGGUGCGGACGAGGAGGAUCCAGUUGAGGGGGGUUGA